AUGCCUACUGUCAUUCACCUAAGGGCCGAGACCAAGCCAUUGGAACGUCGUUCUCCAUUGUCGCCCGUGUCCGCCAAAGCUCUUCUCGACGCCGGCUACGUCGUUCGCGUUGAGCGAUCGUCCGACCGCAUCUACAAAGAUGAAGAGUUCGCGGCCGCUGGCGCAGAGCUGAUCCCCGCUGGAUCGUGGUUGAAGGCUCCGCGCGAAGACAUCAUCCUCGGCCUGAAGGAGCUCCCCGAGGACGACAUCCCGUUCCCCAACCCGUACAUCCACUUCCAGCACUGCUUCAAGAAGCAGACGGGCUGGGCCGCUUCGCUUGCCCGCUUUGCGCGCGGCGGUGGUACGCUAUACGAUCUCGAGUUCUUGACCAACCCAGAUGGCCGUCGCGUCGCUGCGUUUGGCUAUUGGGCUGGUUACGCUGGCGCCGCCAUUGCUCUCUUGGCUUGGGCUCACCAAUUGACCAGCCCAGGGACUCCCCAAGGUCCCGUACCGGUCUUCGACACCGCCCCUGUUUUGGCCGAGCACAUCAAGUCAACCAUUGAGGCUCCGCUACGCGCCAAUGGAGGCAAGCCCCCCCGCGUCAUCGUCAUUGGUGCCCUUGGACGAUGUGGAAAGGGCGCCGUGGACUUCUGCACCGCCAUAGGCAUUCCCGAGUCGUCUAUCUUGAAGUGGGACAUGGCCGAGACUGCCCCUGGCGGCCCCUUCCCUGAGGUUGCUGAGUCCGACAUUUUCAUCAACUGUGUCUACCUCGGUCCUAACCGUACCCCCCCUUUCGUAACUUUCGAGUCUCUUGCCACGCCGGCAAGACGUCUUCGUGUAAUUUGCGACGUCAGCUGCGACCCCAACAGCGAAAACAACCCUAUCCCUAUAUACUCCACCUACAGCUCGUUCAACAACCCGACGACCGGUCUCACGCGCGAAAUCGAGGGCCCAGAACUGCGAGUGAUCGCCAUCGACCAUCUCCCGACCUUAGUAGCUCGCGAAGCCAGUGACGAAUUCUCUAGUCUGUUGCUGCCUAGCCUGCUCACCCUGGACCGCCGGGACAGCGAGGGUGUCUGGACAAGGGCGGAGGCGACCUUCAAGAAUAGGGUCUCCCAGUUACCUCAAGCAUAG